AUGUACAAUCUCCUCAAUUCAUUUCUGUUUUAUUUCUUCCUCUUUUCCUUAUUUCACCAUCUUCCUUGUGCUCUAAGUCAACAAGAUCAUACGUUAUGUGAGACUAUGUUUCACUGUGGGAACAUCACAGCUGGUUUCCCCUUCUCAGGUGGGACCCGUCACGAAAGUUGCGGUCAUUCAUUGCUCAAGCUUCGCUGCAGCAAAAACACAACGUCUUUAAUCAUCUCAAACCAUCCGUACGAGGUUCUCCACAUAGAUGAAGCAUCUAAAACUCUUAGACUUGCCAUAGCAGAUCUUCGAGAUUCCUUUUGCAACGCUACAUUCGCAGAUGCAACCUUGCCUCCCGAAAUAUUUGAGGUUUCGCAGAUGUACAAGAACCUCACUGUUUUCCACCACUGCGACUCUAAGCUUCCUUACCGUUCGAGUUAUACAUGUCCUGGUAUAGGUCCUAUCGUAGUGUCUGAAACCCGUGACCGUGAUUUUCAUGACUCCUGCGGUGAAUGUUUCACAGUUAUCGUUCCUAAGAGCUUUGUUCCGGAAGAGAAAGAGUUGAACAUGACUAAUUUGGAAAGUGUUUUAAGUAAAGGAUUUGAGGUGAAGGUGAAGAUUGAUGAGACAGCGUGUCAAGAAUGUUCAUCCAAUCAUGGAACCCAUCAACCUAGUGCUGAUGAGCUUUACAGGCGCUGCAGUGCCCCGUUUAGCUGCGGCGAUCAGAGUGGUCUCUUGUACCCGUUCUGGAUACCUGACAGAGAAGAAUGUGGCCACCCUGAAUUCAAACUCGACUGUCACAGCAGUGUUGCAGAGAUUAACAUAUGCUCUGUUAAGUACAGGAUCUUAGCGGCAGACUAUACACCUCGUGACAUAAGAUUAGCAAGAUCAGAUUAUAUCGGUGGUUUGUGUCCCCAACACCCUAUAAACGAUCCGUUCACCCAAAACGUCUUUGCCUUAGCUGGUGACGCCGGCAUGAUAUCCAUUUAUCAUGAAUGCACACCGGAGUUUCUACAGUCUGUUUCUCCUUACGUGGGAGAUCUUGAUUGUGAAGUUAAUGAGAAAAGUUACUAUGUGACAAGAAACCUCUCGUCUCCUUUAAAAGACUUGGGUGGAACGUGUAAAAGAAACGUCAGUAUUCCUGCAUCUGGACCGGCGCUGAACACUCUGCAGAAGAGUGCAAGUCGAGAUAAUCUAAAGAAGGCUCUUAAAGAGGGUUUCAAGGUUGAAUUUCACAGAGAAUGUUCCAUGUGCAUGGACUCUGGGGGUGCUUGUGGAUAUAAGAAGGGCUCAAACAAUUUUCUCUGCUACUGUAAAGAUCAUAUUCAUAGCCAUACCUGCGGAAACAAAGAUGCAGGCAUCUCUUCUCCCGCAAAAGCAGGAAUGGAGUAUGCUUUUGGAUUUGUGGGCAUCAUUCUUAUAGCCGGAGGUUUGUACUGUGUUAUCAGCCGGCGAAAAAAGACCUCAGAUGAUCCUAGCCAACUUAAUCUAAAGGCCCUUAUUCCACUGAAACACUAUAGCUAUGCGCAAGUAAAGAGAAUCACUAAGUCCUUUGCCAUAGUGGUUGGGAAAGGCGGAUUUGGAACUGUCUACAGAGGAACCCUUUGUGAUGGUCGUAGUGUGGCGGUUAAGGUCUUGAAAGACUCAAAGGGUAAUGGUGAAGACUUCCUCAAUGAAGUUGCGACCAUGAGCAAAACUUCUCAUGUCAACAUUGUUACCCUGCUUGGAUUCUGUGCUGAGGGUACCAAGAGAGCCAUUCUUUACGAGUUUUUAGAAAAUGGAUCUCUUGAUAACUUCAUCUCUAGCACAAAGUCGUCAAAUAAGAACUGGAUGAAGCUAUAUGAAAUAGCAUUGGGCGUUGCUCGUGGUCUAGAGUACUUGCACCAUGGAUGCAGAACAAGGAUUGUUCAUUUCGACAUAAAGCCGCAGAAUGUACUCUUGGAUCACAACCUUUGCCCCAAAGUUUCAGACUUUGGCCUUGCUAAGCUCUGUGGGAGGAAAGAAAGCAUCCUGUCACUGUUGGACACAAGAGGAACGAUAGGAUACAUUGCACCUGAAGUGUUUUCAAGAGUGUACGGUCAAGUCUCACACAAGUCAGAUGUGUAUAGCUACGGAAUGCUGGUUCUUGAAAUGAUUGGAUCAAGAGCCAAACCAUCAACGGAAGAAACUGCAUCUACCAAAAGCUCAGUAUACUUUCCUGAAUGGAUCUAUACAGAUCUUGAGAUGGGAGACAGUGGAAGGCCUAAGGGAAAUGGAAUCAACUUUCAAGAAGAGGAGAUAGCAAAGAAGAUGACAUUGGUGGGUUUGUGGUGUAUUCAGUCUUCCCCUUCAGAUCGCCCAUCGAUGGACAGAGUAGUAGAGAUGAUGGAAGGAAGUCUUGAUGCUCUUGAUGUCCCUCCAAAGCCUGUUUUACAAGUGCCUCUUCUAGAAUCUUCUACGCUUUCAGAGGAUAUUUCUGUUUACACAGAAGUAUGUUCAGUGAAUACUGUAUAA